AUGUUCGAUUUUUUUGGAAUUAAAAUAAUAAUGGGAUAUAUAAAAAUGCCUCAUUUAGAAGAUUACUUUAAUGAACAAUAGUUAUUUUAAUUUAAGAUAUUUGAAUACUUUAAGGAAGGAAGAUUUGAGUGUUUAGAUUAAUGGAGUAAUUUUACUGGUGAAAAUCUAUUAAAAAUAUAAAUAAAGUAAAGCCAAUUCAUGAAUUUUAAACAAUUGGAGAAUGUAAAAAAAUUUGAAAAAGUUUAAAAAAUAUACAAGCUCCAAGAAAAUAUCUAAUAUUAUAAAUAAAUACAGAAUUUAAGGUAGAUUCAAUAAUAAAUUGUUAAUAAAUAAUACUUUGUGAUCCAAUAAAUAAAUUAAUAGUUUGGUAAUACUUUUGUCAUAAUAUUUAUGAAGAGAAAGUAGGACUUUAAAUUAUUUAUGUUUUAUAAUAAUGCAAAGAUAACAAUCACACUUUGUAUAUUUAUGAUAAUAUUCUUAAUUUAGAGUAAAUUAGCUUUCUAAAAAUAAAACUAUAGAUUUAAUGUGUAAGUAUGAUUGAUAAUUAAUUAACAAAUUAAAUACCGUAAGUUCCACUUUACCUUAAUUUUAUGUCAAUAAUUAAAGAAUAAAAUUUAAUUUUUGCUUUUACAUGCGGUUAAUUGAUUUAAUAAUAAAUUUUUGUUUAUAAUCAAUAUAAAGAAACUAUGUUAUUAAAUUGUAUUAAUGAUUGGAUAAUAAGAGAUAAUAAUAUGAAAUUCUUAUUAAAUAUAAUCAAAAAUAAAAGGAUUAUAAAAUUAAUAGACUUAUCGAAUAAUUUCGUUUAGGAUUGGCUUAAGAAUUAUUAAAGAAUAAGAUUACAUAGAUAAAGAAUGUUACUACUUUAUUACAUAAAUAGAAAGUAAUAAAUUGUAGCAUUAGGAACAUAAAUAAUUGGUGAUUAUGGUUUAGGUACUAAAAUAAAUUAAAAAUCAUUAUUUCAUAUUCCAUAAACCUUGUUCAGAAAUAUCAGGUAUAUUAGUUAUUCUGUGUGUAUGUGAUUGUUUUUAUUUAUUUGAUUAAAACACAUAAGUUUAUAUAAUAAAUAUAGAAGAUAUUACAAAAGCUUAAUAUAAAUCAAUUGAAUAAUUCAAUAAGCAAAUAUAUCAUUAAGCUUUCUAAAAGAAACCUGGUUUGAUGUAUGAAAAUGUAGAUAAAAGUAAAUCAGUUUAAUAUGCUAAAUAAGUAGAAAUAGAAUGA